AUGGCCUCGCCAGCCGCUGCGGGUCGCGGGAGCCGCGCGGCCGCCCCGCCGGUCUCCGCGCCUCCGGUCUUUCUCCCUGGAGAUCCGCUUCUGCGUCUGCUGCCGACUGCUGCGUCGCGCGCCGAGACAAAGCGCGCCGUCGAGCGUCUCGCGCAGGUGGAGCAGGCCUUCGACUUUGCGUCCUCCGCAGCGAGUGUCGCGCGCGCGGCCUCGGCAGCCGCAGGCCACGAACUCACCGCCUCUGCGCCCUGCGCGUUCGUCGAGAGUCUGCCGCACUUCCCCUAUGGGAUGGGGUACAUUCAGAGCCGACAGAAGCGCUACGAGCCCGUCGUCGGCGACGUCGUCGUCGGGAUCGUCUCUGGAAAGAAGGACGAAGCUUACACAGUUCACAUUCGCGCUCGCGGCGACGGCCGUCUGCCGAUGGUGGAGGGCUUCGAGGGCGCGACGAAGCGCCACAAGCCCUCGCUCCGCCGCGGAAGUCUGGUGCUGUGUCGCGUUCAGGCCUCUUCGGUCGAGCUCGGCGCCGAGCUGACCUGUGUCGACCCCAGCUGCAAGAAGUCGUGGACAUCCAACGAGAAGCUUCUCGGCGAACUCGAGGGCGGCCUCGUCCUCGACGUCCCGUCCGCGCUGGCCCUCAGCUUGUCGUCUCCGCAUUGCUUUCUGCUGGAGAGCCUGGGCGAGCGAAUGGUUUUCGAAAUUGCCGCUGGGGCCAACGGUCGCGUCUGGAUUCGAGCGAAGGAAGUCGCCGACGCCAUUCUCGUCGGCAACAUCUUGAUCGCCUGCUACGGCAAGGAGCGGCACGUCAUGCAGGCGAUCAUCAACACUCUCGUCGCGAAGCGAGCCGAGGCCUGA